UGCUUGUUUCUCCCCUCCUCCCUCCCUCUCCUUUGUUGUUUUCCUCCUCUCGUUUCAAACUUUAACAUUUUUUGCAGCCGGAGCACACUGACGCAAGUCAAGAGAUUCCGCAUUACGUCAUCGCAAAGGCCACAUACAGGAGGCGAGCGCUGCCCCGUGAGCUCUGCUCGGCUCGGCUCGGCUCGGCUCAGCCAGUAACGCUCGCCCGAAAAUUUCCACUACACGAGCUUUGCGGGAGAGCGGCGGCGGCGGCGGCACCAACGACGGCCGCUUCGUGCAGUGAUGCAGCAGCCUACACCAAAGAAACCCUGAUCGCACCGCGGGACACGACCGGCUGUCGGCUUCCUGAAUGGAAAACAGUGAUGUUGCAUGACAUGCCUCGGAACAAACACUGAAUGAUUGAAGACUACGGGCAGAGCGGUGACAACAUGGCAGAUAGAAGGCAACUGUUUGUCGAGAUGAGGGCUCAAGAUUUGGAUUCCAUACGAUUAUCGACAUACAGAACCGCCUGCAAACUCAGAUUUGUGCAGAAGAAAUGCAAUCUGCACUUGGUUGACAUUUGGAAUGUCAUUGAGGCUUUCCGAGAGAACGGCAUCAACACCAUGGACCUCAACGCUGACCUCUCUGUGGCUCGUCUAGAAGUGGUGCUGUCCACCAUUUUUUACCAGCUGAACAAGCGCAUGCCCACCACCCACCAGAUCACCGUGGAGCACUCCAUCAGCUUGCUGCUCAACUUCCUGCUGGCAGCCUAUGACCCGGAGGGCCAUGGCAAGAUAUCUGUCUUCGUUGUGAAGAUGGCCCUGGCAACCAUGUGUGGAGGGAAAAUUCUGGAUAAAUUAAGAUAUAUUUUUUCACAGAUAUCAGAUUCCGCUGGAAUAAUGGCGUACCCGCAGUUUGACCAAUUUCUGAGGGAGGUGCUCAAAUUACCUAUGGCGGUUUUUGAGGGACCUUCUUUUGGUUACACUGAGCAAGCUUCCAGAACGUGCUUUGCGCAGCAGAAAAAGGUCUCCCUCAAUACAUUCCUGGAUACGUUGAUGUCAGACCCGCCCCCUCAGUGUCUGGUGUGGUUACCGCUCAUGCAUCGGCUCGCCAACGUAGAGAACGUCUUUCACCCGGUCGAGUGCUCCUACUGCCAUACUGAGAGUAUGAUGGGCUUCCGCUACCGCUGCCAGCAAUGUCAUAAUUACCAGCUCUGUCAGGACUGCUUCUGGAGGGGGCAUGCCAGCGGUUCCCAUAGCAACCAGCACCAAAUGAAGGAGUAUACGUCAUGGAAAUCCCCUGCUAAGAAGUUAUCCCAUGCCCUCAGUAAGUCACUGAGCUGUGCAUCGAGCAGAGAGCCUCUUCACCCCAUGUUUCCUGAAAUGCCAGAGAAACCUCUCAACCUAGCUCAUAUUGUAGAUACAUGGCCACCAAGACCGGUGAACAUCACUAAUGACUACUCAUUCUCCCACUCCAUGCCGACAUCAGGGAACCCUUACUCCACCAAAAAUUUGCCUUACAGCAAGAAUAAUGAUGUUGAGCAAAGAAAGCCCUUGACUGGGCCUGCUCCACAUCUGUUGAAAGGGAGAGGGUUGAACUACAACCUCGAUGUUGCCGAUAGACUUGCUGACGAACAUGCUCUGAUAGGCCUCUAUGUGAAUCUGCUCCAAAACAACCCCAAAACAUGUUUGCUGGAGAGCAGUAACCACCAAGAUGAAGAGCACAGUCUCAUCGCCCGCUAUGCUGCUAGACUGGCUGCUGAUGCUGCGGCUCAACAGCAGAGGGUCCCUACAGACCUGCCCUGCUCUCUGGAUGCCAACAAACAGCAGCGGCAGCUCAUCGCCGAGCUCGAGAGCAAAAACAGAGAAAUCCUGCAGGAAAUCCAGCGGCUGCGCCUCCAGCAUGAGGAGGCCUCCCAGCCUCCACCUGACAGGGGUCAGCAGAACCCCACUCUGCUGGCUGAGCUACGACUUCUCAGGCAACGCAAAGAUGAGCUUGAACAAAGAAUGUCUACUCUGCAGGAGAGUCGCAGGGAACUCAUGGUGCAGCUGGAGCAGCUAAUGAUGCUUCUCAAGCUGGAGGAGGAACGGAAACAAGCUACUCAGGGUCCUGGCUCCCCACGCUCUUCCCCCAGCCACACCAUCAGCCGGCCAAUCCCCACACCGAUCCACUCGGACUCCGCCGGCACGACCCCGACUCACACACCUCAGGACUCUCUCAUGGGCGUGGGAGGGGACGUUCAGGAGGCCUUCGCUCAGGGUCCCAGGAGAAAUCUGAGAAACGACCUACUCAUUGCUGCUGACUCCAUCACCAACACAAUGUCAUCGCUGGUUAAAGAACUCAAUUCAGAGGGUGGAAGUGAGACUGAGAGCACUGUGGAUUCAGACUUUGGACGUGGUGACCUGUUGGCCUCUUCAGACCCCUUAUUCACAUAUAAACCAAGGAGCUCCGGCACUGCAGAGGAGGAGAGCUUCGAGAACGAUCUGGAGCAGCAGCUGGAGGACGAGCUCAAGUUAGAGGAGCUAAUGAAGCACAGGCAGGAACCAGACAAGACAUGCAUGGUGACGCUGCAGCAGUGACCAUGUUGGUUCAGGUGACUGGCGAGCAAUAUGAAAAGCAACAAUAGUAGAAGACACUGGACGAGACAACACUGGGAGGACGCCACCGAGCACUGAAGAUAUGAAGAAUUUUAAGUUGAAGAAACGGCUGAAUCCAACCAUAGAAUACAUUUAUGUAAAGAUAUAUUUUUUAACCAACCACAUAUUUAAGGUAAAACUGUGAGCUGAUGUAAAGAGAUUAAUUAGUGAGCUGUCUAUGAUACCACAGGUGCCAUAAAACAAACACAUGACCUUUGGGGAAUUAUUGCUUAAUUUGUAUCGUUUUUAUAUGAUUUGUCAAACAAAUGUACAACAACACUGUUAGUACAGGGUGGCAAGCGCAGUUCAUUCAAAUUCUCAUGUUGCUGAAAAACAGUCAAGCAGGUUUAACUGUUUGUGCAUCAUCUGAUUUAAAACAUAAACCUGAAGUUACGUCGGGGCUGCAGUUAUGGUUGAUAACCGUUUGCAAUAUUUUGUAAAUGCGUAACUCCGACAAGGUUUUACCACUAUUCCAUAGAUUUCUUACUGUUGCUGUCAAGUGGCUUUUGUAUUGUUUUUGGGGGUUUUUUUUGGAGCAGGCCAAUAAGAUAUGUUUAUUUUAUUUGAUACAUGAGUUAAAAUAAUGCACACUGCCUUAGCUGAUUGGAUGAGGAUCUCAUUCAAACUGUCAAUGCGGCAUGUAGCCAACAACAAAACAGACAUGUUCAGCAUCAACACUAGCUGGACAAAUGAGGCUAAACUCAUUUAAUCUGAUGCUGGCACUUGAUCUUGUCUGCUGAGGGACUUAGUUUGCAAAUAUGUACACUGUCUACAUAUAAAUUGUCAGUUAAAUAUAAGAUAUAGGAGGAUUGGUUCUAGUAUCUUGGUUUAAAGUACACUGAAAAAGAUGUAACGUAGAGACUUGUGAAUCACUCAAAAUUCAAAGGUUUACACUGGCAAGGGCAUUGAACAAAUUGUGUUUACUACCAAUGGUUUAUGAAUUAAGGUUCGACCAUAGAUCAUUUGCCAUUGUUUCAGUUAUUAGCUCUUAUGCACACAAAUCUCUGUGUGACUUUCACACCUACAUACACACUCCCGAUGUAUUUCCAGAGUGUGCGUGAAACUUUACUCAGUCACUUUGGGGAAGAAAAAAAAAGUGGCAAGCCAAUCUAAAAUCAUAAAUGUGUGAAAUAUGUCUAGUUUGAUUUUUUUGAGCAAGUUCAUAGCAGUGAUUUUGCAUGGUGGUGACGCAUAAUAAAGUGUUGACACAAUAUCACAA